CACACACACAUAUAUAUAUAUAUAUAUAAGAUUUUGAUAUUCAUGUAUCAGCAGCCACAAUGGGACAUACGUAAAUGACACUGUGAGACACAGUGAGACAUACAUGACAUACAUAUGGGAUCAGGGAUGUUUAUCAGUUCAAGGCCCGUGCGCGCGACUGUUUGCUCGCUAGUUGUGCGCGUUCUCGCGUUCCUCAACACCCCCCGCCCUCCUUCGUCCUCCUCAUCCUCCUCUUCCGUUAAGCCCCCUCUCUCACUCCCUCUACAGUAUCAUUAGGCUGUCCGCUCCACUCCGGCCGCUGGGGGAACACCGCAUAGGACACACGGCAAGAGAAAUAUAGUGAAAAAAAACACAAACAGCCUCAUACCCAUCUUUCUAGCAAGUCCAACUUAUUCACAACACACGUGAGAAGGCCAGGGAAAGGAAUCUGGCUCUCAACGGAGUGCGCAUGAGCGCGUGAAACCGGCUGUUAUUUUUUGUGCGCGUGGUGUUUGUGUGGUGCGGCUCCCGAAAAUGCUGCGGCUCUGAAACAAAGGGACUCCGAGCGGCGUUCACUGUUCUUAGGAAACGACUGGCUGCGAGGCUGACUGCUUCUCUGGAUGGAAAGAUGGAAGCAGAGGGACAGUGGUGGAAAAGCCAACUCGCCUCAGAUAUCCAUCAGGCUCUGAGAAUUAAGGAGCUGAAGUUACCUACAUACCACGCUCACUCGCCUCAGAUUGGCAUGAGGCGCUACUUUGCUGACCUGCUCGCCGUCCUCAGUAAUCGCUACCAGUUGUGCCCCACGGCACGCCACCUGGCCGUCUACCUGCUCGACCUCUUCAUGGAUCAUUAUGACGUAGCAGUGAGACAACUUUACGUCAUCGCCCUUUCCUGCCUUCUCUUAGCCAGUAAAUUUGAGGAGAAAGAGGACCGUGUACCUAAGCUGGAGCAGUUGAACACGCUGGGCUUCAUGUGCAGCCUCAACCUGGCCCUGAAUAAGCGUGACCUCAUCAAAAUGGAAUUGCUGCUGCUGGAGACUUUCGGAUGGAACCUGUGCAUGCCCACGCCGGCUCACUUCAUCGACUACUACCUCCAUGCCGCUGUGCAGGAGGGCGACCUGCACAACGGCUGGCCAUUGACCUCUCUGUCCAAGACCAAAGCCUUUAUGGACAAAUACACACACUACUUCCUGGAGAUUUCCCUGCAAGAUCACGCCUUCUUGGGCUUCAGACCCUCGCAGGUGGCAGCCGCUUGCAUCGCAGCCUCUCGUAUUUGCUUACAGAUUUCCCCGAGCUGGACCACUGUGCUCCACCUGCUCACGGGAUACUCCUGGGACCACCUGACCCAGUGCAUCCAGCUCAUGCUGCUAGCGCAUGAUAAUGACGUGAAAGAAGCGAACAAGUCCAAGUCUUCACCCUCGUCCAGUCAGAGCGCACCUCCUCAAGCUCACGCCUCGCCUGGCCCUGCUCCCUCGGCUCUGCAAAGACACCCUGCAUCCACCUCACAGCAGCUCCUACUCCAGACUGGCAGCUACCCGCCACUCUCGCAGCACUCCUCUGCUCUGGCGCAGCUGCACAUGCUGGCUGAGUGCCAGGCCAUGGGUGCAGUGAGCACGCGGGAAUACCUCCAGCCGCACCAGGCUAGCCUGCUCUCUUCCUCUAUGCCGACCGCCUCAUUUCCUUCUUUCCCUAGUCUGGCACCGGGGCUGUGCGGCUUGCCCUUGCAGGGACCCAUCUCCAUGCAGGUGGGCAUGGCGGCAGAACCGCGGCCAUGCGUGAGCCUCGCUUACGCUAACAGCUACCUGGGCUCACACCACAGCUUCACCGCCGGAUGUUUCGACAGGUGACGCCAGGAGAGGGAGGGCAGACUACACUCGGGGCGCCCGCUGUCCUCCACCCUUCUCUCCUCCUCCCCAGCGCCAUCUACUCUCAGCCAGAGGCAGAGACUUUCUAAACAGAAGGCCCACAGUCGAACAGAUCCAUCAAAGGUCAUAGUAUUAAGCUGAAAGAACCUAAAGUGUGGACCUUCUGUGUUUUAUUUUUUUGUUUUUUUUUUUCUUUUUAAACGCCUAAGGUGCCUGUUGCUCUGCCCAUUUUGAGAAAAAAUCUCAAAAGACUACACUAUGCCCAUGUGGGUAUGUGGGCUAAUUCAAUCUGAGACCGUGAUGGGAGGAAAAUUGAAUGCCAGCUCUACAGGAUGUGAUUAUCAAACACUUGGAAACGUCCCACAGGGGCAUUUUAUUUCCAUUCAAAGCCUUAAGAAGGGAAAAGGUGGAGAUCAGGUUCCAAAACUUUUUUUUUCUUUUCCCACCUUUCUUUUCUUUCUUAUUUUUUUUUUUUAAUAUAUGUAUAAGUAAGGCGUCCUUGAAAUUUCACACUGGAAUUACUGUGUCGUCCUUGAUGCUGCUGCCUUAAAAGUCAGAAAACUCUGGCUUUGUGACCAAGAAACCUGUCUCCCUUUUGGUAUCGUUUACAGUGACUAAAUAAAACACAUAUCAGGGAUGCACAGAUUACUUGAAAGAAAAAAAAAUGCCAUUGAAAAAUACCAGCUGAUGUUUGUAUGAUGUGGUUACUUUCUAAAUGUGUUUGUUUGAUCUGCUUUAAAGGUGAGCAUGUCUGUGAGCAAGGUUACUUGCAGCUUUUGGUUUAGAGCCCCAUUCCUCUGGUCUUCCUGCCGACAGAUGGAGAGGAAAUCCCGGGGGAAUGAGGCAUCUGUCCUGUUGCCUCUGUGGCUCACGCUGGAGGAAGCUGAGCUUUACAGGCUGCUUAUCCGUGUAGAGGGGAGGGGGGGAGAGUCCUUGAUUCAUCCAUGUUAAGCUCACUGCCAUAGAAAGAUGACUUCAUUGUCUUUUACCUCAUCCAUUUAGACAUGCAAAUGACCUCACACUACUGCUGUGAAGAAUGACUGGCAGGCAGUCAGUCAGUCAGUCAGUCAGUCAUUCUCCAGUCACAUCUUAGGAAACUGUGGACACAUUUAUUGUAUUUGGUAGAUUAGAGAAUAUUUUACCAUUACAUAAUCAGCUAUACUACUGAUCUAUCGGUUUGGGGAGAUCUGCUUACUUGCGCACACGUGGGUGAGCUCAAAGACACUGUGAUGGGUAAAGACAACAGGGAUGAUGUUUGUUUUCUGCAAUUCCUUCCUUUUUAUUUGAUUUUUUUUUUUCUCAUUCCAAAUGGUUUACUUUGUUGUGAAAUUCCAAGCAAAGCUGAAUAUUCACGAAUCAGACCCAUUUUUACAGAACACGGAAGAUUAGACUAGCUCUGAGUCCAUUUAUCUCAGGUUUUUGUUGGGUUUUACAGGGAUGUCGACCGCACAACAAAAUCAACUAGCAGCAAGACCAAAGUGUCUGCGUGAUGUCCUGCUAAAUUAUAAGCUUUGGAACCACUUUACUGGGCUUUGGAUCCAAAUCGUCCUGUGAUGGUCCUUAAUCUUGAACUACCUCAAUGUAUGCUAUCGUUUUUUUGCAGGACUUCCAUUUUAAUUGAUGUUCUUUUUGACUGGUCAUGAGCUCCAGGAUAGGUUUUUUUAAUCCACAUUGCAUUUUAUUCCAUUAUUUUGUUUUUUGUUUUAUAUAUAUAUAUAUUUUAUGUUGAAGUCUCGUUAUUUAGGUAGAUGAAUUGUUCACUGUAACGGAUAUAGGCACUGUUUUUGUAUUUCAGUUCAUUGUAUUUUAGUGAAGCCCCUGUGUGCAAUACCUAACCAAGAAUUUCACCUGUUACUGUAUAUCUGUUACUUUUUCUUUUUUUUAACUUUACCACUGUAUUAUUUUUUUUUUUAUUUUAGCCAUUAGUGUGUUUUUAUAAUGAGCUAUUACUGCUUGAAGGCAGUGAUUUCUUUUUUUUUUUUUUAAACGGUCCACUAAGAAAAUGUUGCAUAUUGCAACCGAUGUCUGCUAAAUCAAGACGUUUAGUAGACCAUUGAGUACUGAUAGUUCAUUCAGUGGUCUAUGGUUUUAUUUAAAAGCCUGUAUUUGUGUAGGAGAUUGAGGCCAGUGGAGAUAGGUGUGGGGGGGACAUGCCAUUUGGAUAUAAAAUCCCAAAAAAUAAAACAAAAGAAAA